UACCAGCUUGCUCGAGUGGAUCUUAUGUCUGCGGAAUACAUCGACGCGACGGUAACCCUGAUCCAUGAACACAUCUCCCGCUUACAGCAACCCAUCUCCUCCCUUCCCGCUCUCACUUCACUGUUGUACUCGCCUCUGUCUGCGUUAUCCCUUGUCCGAAGGAACUCGAAGAUCGAAAUCCUUGGGGAGUUCACUCAAGCUCUAGAUAAUGCCGUUUCUGUCAAGCAUAUACCUUUGUUGCAGCGAGCCUUACUCGAGCACAUCGUCCCGAGGUGGUGGGAAGCACUAGAGGAGGAGGGAAGCUUACAUCUUCUGGAGCGCUAUUUCUACCCCCUUGGCGAUGAGAGCUCUAGGAGAGCGAGGGAUGGCGUGGUGAGUGAGCUCGUGUGCUCCGCAUACACGACUCUGCUCUCUGUGCCACUGAACGCAUAUUCCCUGCGGCUGCUCGCGACGCUGGUGGAGAGAUGUCCUGUGGAUCGCGUGCACCAUCUUAUAUUUGAUGCGGGGAUAACUGGAGGCCGUGGAGGGAGGGAGAGGAAGUCGGUGCUCUGGGAGGAUUUUGUGAGGAACGCGGUUGCUGUACCUGGGAAGGUCGCGAAUGCCGUUAUGGGAGCAAAAGGCAGAGCGGCGAAUGGAACAUGGGUGGAGGAAUUACCUGAAGGACUGGACUAUGGCUCUUACUUCGAUAAUAUUUGCGUUGGGUGUGAGGCCCUGAUUGCAGAUGCUAGCUCAAGGAAAUCGGCCGCCAAGAAAGAUGACCUGAGCUCUAUAUCAUAUCUCCUGGCAAAACUAAUGACACUCGGCCUAUUCCUGCCCACCCAACCGUCUGCACCUUCCCAGCCCUCGUUCUUCCGUAGCACCCUACAGACAAUACGAACCCGGAUAUCCUCCUACCAAGAUCAAGCAUACUCUCGAACGUGGCAGACUCUUAUAUUAUCGUUACCCUCGUCCCACAACCUCCGCACCUUCCUUACGUCCCUCCUGGGGCACCUCGAACUUAAUGUACCUGCUGCCCCUGCCGAUAACGGGUACCCUGGGCUGUCUUCGGCACUCGAUGCUCGGCUACAGGUCAAGUAUGAAGCGUUACUUCUGAGACGAAUUGUCGGUGCUCUCGGACGCGCGCAAGACACAUCCGAGGAGAAGGAUAAAUCGGAGCUUUGGGAAAGCAUCACAGCUGUCGUACUUGGAGGUAAAUUAUGGGGCAAUUUUGGAGCCAGGGUGGUUGUAUGCUGGGUUGCAGGGGCGGGGGAAGGUAAUAGCCCAGACACCGAAGCGCUGCAGAUCUUCCUUGACAGAGUGACGGAGGUAUGGACCACCCCGGAGCAUAUCAAACACUCCCUUCUCUCAUUCCAUCGAUAUAUGACCCUGCUUAUGCUUUUGACCCUCUCGCACCUCCCUUCUCCGAGUAUCACAUCCAGCAAUGCGACUCCGGAGGGUACAACACCGCUCUCCGUGUCUUAUACCGAGCUGGCAUUUUCCCCGCCUUUCAUUAAGUCCAUCUCGCAGUAUAUUUCCCACCUUGAUAGUGGUGUUCGAGCGUGCGGGAUGAUAGUCGCCGAGCGUGUGGCUGCAAGGGUGGGUAAAAAGAUAGGUUUCGAAAUACAUAGUCAGGAUGGCUGGGUGACAGCAGUGGAGACGCUCUUGGUAGCCAAUGAUGUGGAUGCAGAAGGAGCAGUUUCGGACACCCAGGAGGAAAUGGCGGUUCUCAUGGAGCAGUAUGUGGCCUAUCCUGAAGAAAUUUCUGCGAAGAAACCGCAGACGCCCGACUCCGACGACGAUUCGCUGAUCUCGUACUCUUCCUCGCGCUCACGUAGCCCCUCGCCGACUCCUUCCCUCAUCUCCGACAUCGAGAAAGACCCUACGCUCCUGGGGACUAACAAUCGGCCUAUCCCCAAACCGGUUUAUCUCUUACAGCUCGGAGAGAUGCUUAGAGGGGGCACCGGGAAGGGGCUUGGUGGGAUAGGAAUUAUGACUGCGGUAGGCGGGGGUGAAAACGAGGCGAAGGGCGAGACGUGGGAGGAGGCAGCGAGGCUUGAGACAGCGCUGAACUGCGCGGAGGAGCUAAUUAGGAAGAGAAGGGGGUUCGGUGCUGAACUGGAGGAGAACGCUGUAAACCUCGCGUAUGCGCUCAUCGGUUUACAGAAUAACUACGAGCUCGAGGGCUUCAAUGUCAAGAGACAGGCGGCGCUGAACGCACUUGUAGCUUGUUGCCCUAGGAAGGCUGCGCCAACGAUCAUCGAGCAAUUCUUCAUUAAUCAGUACUCCACCGAUCAACGCUAUGUGAUGCUCAACGCACUUGCCAUGGGUGCACGCGAGUUAGCAUCCUUGAGUAUCCCUGCGGAGGCCCCUGUCCAGCCACUCAGUGGUGAUCGAGUUUCAUUCCCCAGUAAGAGACUACCGCCUUCCUUGCAUAGAAAAUACCUGGAAGCUGCUGGUCAGGUGACAGGCGAUGCCGAUCCGGUGCAAAAGAUGUUAAUGGACAUCAGCAAGAAUGCCAUCGACAAAUCGAAGGAACCAGCCGAGGACCAAGUGCCGGAGCUGGUCAGAGAGCGGAGGCUCCGAGUUAGACAAUCUGCGAAGGUGGCGGAGGUUAAACCUUCAUCGCCUGCCGCAGUGCUGGGCAGAGUGCAGUCUACCUCCGCUCAGUUAACCAUCUUCACUGAAGUGGCUGCCGAAUUUUUCAUAUGUCCCCUUAUCAACAGAUUUUGGCUCUUUCUCCGCGACGAGCAGGCAAGGGAAGAGCGUACGUCUCAUCAUCAAGACCGGAUAUGGCAAUAUCGCGCUGCUGGGACGGGAUUAAUACUCAACCCGGUUGUGUUAUCACAUUUCAUUGCCACUCUCGCAGUGCUUGUCCAUGCCGCGAGGAACGCAAAAGAGUGGCUCGCUGUUAUCGCACCUGAUGCGUUGGAAUUGGCGGUGACGUUGGGUACAAGGCCCAUGUCCAAGUUGGAAGACGAGGACGAGGAAGGGAAGAAGGUCAAGCUCGACGUACAUGAAGGCCUGACGGACGGGGGCGACUGGAGAAACAAAGAGGCAGCUGUUCUUAGCGUAGCCUUAGAGUUGACGCUGGUUGUGCUCGACGGAGCAUUGGAUCUCGACGGCGGUCGUACUCUGGGCUUAGAGCACACUGCGCUGCUCCUGGGAGCAGGUGAGUGGGCUGGGAAGGUUUUCGGCCUCCUGGACAAGGGCUUCAAGCUCGGCGGAGGUGGAGGAGUGCAGGAGGUUCGCUUGAGGAGGGCAGCUGCUGGUGUUCUCUUGAAGGUGGACGAACUGACUUCAAAAUGGAGAAGAUCAAUGAUCAGUCUGUAGCAGAUCUUCCAUCUGUAUUGGCUUGUGAUAUGUAUGUAAAAUCCUUCUCGUGCUUCCACCGUGCAAAAUCCCAGAACCUGGUAUAAAG